CCGAGUAGGGUCAGGGGUCUCCAAAGAGUCACUCUGGGGUUAGACCAGCGGUCGGAGCCACGUGGGAGCGGCCGCCCGGAGCGGGACGGCGCCCCCCUCAGUGAGCUCUCCUGGUCGUCCUCCCUGGCUGUGGUGGCCGUGUCCUUCUCCGGGCUCUUCACUGUCAUUGCCCUCAUGCUGGCCUGUCUGUGCUGUAAGAAGGGUGGCAUCGGGUUCAAGGAGUUUGAGAAUGCCGAGGGGGAAGAGUACGCAGCAGGCUUCUCGGCACAGGGCUCCCCUGCCUCGGGGGCUCCGAACGGGCCAGACGUGUAUGUCCUGCCACUCACCGAGGUCUCCCUGCCCAUGGCCAAGCAGCCGGGGCGCUCAGUGCAGCUGCUCAAGUCCACAGACCUGGGCCGUCACAGCCUCUUGUACCUGGAGGAGGUUGGCCACGGCUGGUUCGGGAAGGUGUUCCUGGGGGAGGUGAACUCGGGCAUCAGCAGCACCCAGGUGGUGGUGAAGGAGUUGAAGGCCAGCGCCAGCGUGCAGGAGCAGACUCAGUUCCUGGAGGAGGCUCAGCCCUACAGAGCCAGCCCCCUUCCCCGCCCGCCCGCCCCCUCCUGCCCUGAGUUCGAGUCAGGGGGGCAGCCUGUUGGCUCCCGCAGGGCCCUGCAGCACAGCAAUCUGCUUCAGUGCCUGGCGCAGUGCGCGGAGGUGACCCCCUACCUGCUGGUGAUGGAGUUCUGCCCCAUGGGGGACCUCAAGGGCUACCUGCGAAGCUGCCGGCUGGCGGAGUCCAUGGCGCCCGAUCCCCUGACCCUGCAGCGCAUGGCCUGCGAGGUGGCCUGUGGCGUCCUGCACCUGCAUCGCAACAACUAUGUGCACAGUGACCUGGCCCUCAGGAACUGCCUGCUCGCGGCCGACCUGACGGUGAAGAUCGGCGACUACGGCCUGUCCCACGGCAAAUACAGAGAAGACUACUUUGUGACUGCCGACCAGCUGUGGGUGCCGCUGCGCUGGAUCGCGCCCGAGCUGGUGGACGAGGUGCACUGCAACCUGCUGGUGGUGGACCAGACCAAGGCCAGCAACGUGUGGUCCCUGGGCGUGACCAUCUGGGAGCUCUUUGAGCUGGGCGCACAGCCCUACCCCCACCACUCCGACCGGCAGGUGCUGGCCUACGCAGUCCGGGAGCAGCAGCUGAAGCUCCCCAAGCCCCAGCUGCAGCUGACGCUGUCUGACCGCUGGUACGAGGUGAUGCAGUUCUGCUGGCUGCAGCCUGAACAGCGGCCCACGGCCGAGGAGGUGCACCUGCUGCUGUCCUACCUCUGUGCCAAGGGCGCCACUGAGGCAGAGGAAGAAUUUGAGCGGCGCUGGCGCUCGCUGCGGCCGGGCGGGGGUGGCGCAGGCCCUGGGCUGGCAGGCCUGGCUCUGGGGGGCGCGGGCGAGCUGGCCUCCGCCUCGUCCUUCCCGCUGCUGGAGCAGUUCGCAGGCGACGGCUUCCACGCGGACGGGGACGACGUGCUGACGGUGACCGAGACGAGUCGCGGCCUCAACUUCGAGUACAAGUGGGAAGCGGGCCGCGGCGCCGAGGCCUUCCCACCCCCCGGGGCUGCAGCGAGCCCUAGCCGUGCCGCUUGCCCGCAGGAGCUGUGUGCCGCUGACGGUGCGCCCCCGGGCGUGGUGCCUGUGCUCAGCGCGCACAGCCCCUCGGUGGGCAGCGAGUACUUCAUCCGGCUGGAGGAGCCGACGCCCGCCGCCGGCCACGACCCUGACUGCGCCGGCUGCACCCUCAGCCCCCAUGCCAUGGACCUGCUCCCCGAUGGUGGUGACCAGGACGAUGACUCGGAGGGCAGCGCGGCCACCUCGUCGGCCAUGGAGCCCCUGCUGGGCCAUGUGCCGCCCCCCGAGGGGUCCUGGGGCCGCUGUGACUACUACCUGCAUGGGAGCUGUGCCCGGGAACCGUCCUGUCCUCUGAGCUCGCCUUCACCCGGGACCCUCGUGCCGGCGGGGCCCAGGGAGGAGGACGCCGACUGGGGCACAGCUGCCUUCUGCCCACCCUUCUUGGAGGACCCAGUGGGCACGUCCCCCUCGGGCAGGGAGGAGAUGGGGGCCACCGAGGCCUGCAGGGCCGCCCAGCCCAGACACUGGAGCUCCAACGUGUCCGCCAACAACAACAGUGGCAGCCGAGCACCAGGCUCCUGGGACCCGGGACACGUGGCUGGCUGCGUGGGCUGCUGCCCUGGCCCAGAGCACACCUUACGGGCUGCUCCUGAGCUAGGCGGUCCCCUGGCCCUAGAGGACCCCACAGAGCCUCUCCUUGGGUCCAAGGGGGCCUCCUCUGGCCAGGAGCUAGGCCGCUGCUUUGGCCUUCCUCAUCUGUGUCCUGCUGAGGGCCUGGCACCGGCCAUCUGCCUGGUGACAUCCUCCCGGACACAGGCAGCCAUUAGCCAGGCUAACAGCCCCCAGACGGAGCCCAGGCUUGCUGAGGAAGCUGAGGGCUCUGCCAGACCUCAGCUACCCCUUCCCUCUGUCCCAGCCCCAUCCCAAGAGGGAGCCCUGCUUCCUGCCGAGGCGGCCAGUGCCCUCGACACCCUGCCCGCCUUGCCCACGCCUGCUGGCAGCUGGGAGACUCCCACUGAGGCAGCCCAGACCCCAGACAGCUACAGGGUUUCCCCUGAGCCGGGGGCGCCAGUCAGUGAGGAAGAGGACAUGACAGAGGCCACUUCUGGUGUCUUCGCUGAUUUGUCCAGCGAUGGCCCACUGGCCGAGAAGCCAGACGUGACUCUGGCCUUCCGCUCUUUGCAGAAGCAGGCGGGGACCCCCGACUCUGGGGACUCCCUGGAUAUCCCACCUUCAGCCGGUGAUGGUGGUGGCCGCGAGGCCUUCAGCCCAUCAGGUAUCGGCACUCCCGGCGGGCAGCCCCGAGCCCUGGACAGUGGCUAUGACACAGAGAACUACGAGUCCCCUGAGUUUGUGCUCAAGGAGGCACACGAGCCAUGUGAGCCCGAGGCCUGUGGGGAGCUGGUCUCCGAGGAGGAGAGCCCUGGGCCCGAGACUCAGCUCUCCACCUCUCUUGGUGGCCUUGGCCAGAAGAACCCCUACCGUGACUCAGCCUACUUUUCGGACCUGGAUACAGAGCCUGACUGCACUUCGGGCCCCCAGGAGAAGGGAGGAGGUGACUUGACCUCCAGGCUAGAGCUGGACCUGGAGAGCUCUGGGCUGCGGGCAGCACAGCCCUCCCCUGAGUCUGGUGUGGCUGGGGGGACGCGAGGCACUGGUCCCAGAGAGGUGCUGCCGCUGCUGCCUGAGGACUUUUCUCCAGGGCCAAGUACAUGCCCGGAGGGCCCCAGACCGGACCCUCCCUGGCCCCAGGGCCCUGCCCAAGGGCCUCCAGUGCCCAGCCCCGGGGGUUCCAAGAUUUUCCUGCUGACCCCGGUCCCGCUGAGCUCAGAGAGCCACCUCCCUGAGCUCCAGGAGGCCCCAGUACUGCCGUCCGGACCCGCCCAGCAGGAACGGACAGGGAGCCCGGGUGCCCCCAGGACCCCACUCUGCCUGGCCCUGCCGGGACUGCCCGCAGCCCCGGAGGGCCGCUCGGAGGAGGAAGGGGAGGACAGCGAGGAGAGCGAUGAGUCGGAUGAAGAGCUCCGCUGCUACAGCAUCCAGGAGCCCAGCGAGGAGAGCGAGGAGGAGGCGCCUCCCGUGCCCGUGGUGGUGGCCGAGAGCCAGAGCGCGCGCAACCUGCGCAGUCUGCUCAAGAUACCCAGCCUGUUGUCGGAGGCCUUCUGCGAGGACCUGGAGCGCAAGAAGAAAGCCGUGUCCUUCUUCGACGACGUCACCGUCUACCUCUUCGACCAGGAAAGCCCCACCCGGGAGCUCGGGGAACCCUUCCCUGGAGCCAAGGAGUCAACCCCCGCGUUCCUGGCGGGCGGCCCCCGCUCCCCCAGCGCCCCCGGCCGGCCGCGGCGGGCAGACCGCUCCCCCGACGGCUCCGCGGCGGAAGAGGGUGGAGGGCUUGCGUGGGACGACGGCUUCCCGCCGACGCCGGCCCCGGAGGCCGCCCGGCCCGCUCCCGCCGCGCCCCCCAAGCAGACCGCACCCGGCCCCUUCUCGCGCUUCACCGUGUCGCCUGCGCCCGCGUCCCGCUUCUCCAUUACGCACGUCUCCGACUCGGACGCCGGAUCCGUGGGAGGCCCUGUAGCAGGUGCCGGGGGCAGCUGUAAAGAGGCUUGAGGCCCAGGCGGGCACCCUUGGAGCUCCUGCCAGUCCUGCUCCAGGCAGCAGCGAAGAUGGUGACCGAGAGUGGAGACCUCGGUGUUGGUGGUCGUCAGCAGCUUCCAGAGCCUCGGUGCCCCAUGCAGCGCCCCAGAACAGGGCGGGACAAGAGGCCUUCUCCGGCCGUGUGCGCCAGUCCUGGGCUGCCCGAGGGGCAGGACUUCUCCUGGACACGGGUUUGUUGAUAGCUGCUGAGGAUGCCCUCUAGCCUCAGGCCUGAGCAGGUCCCCUCCGUACAGCUGCCCCUCUGCCCUGACUCUGCUAGCGGGCUGCUUGGCUUCUGAGGCCAGGGGACCAGCUCUUGGCCGGGGUGGGGG